AUGUCAGCUGGUCCUGAGCUUGAUAAUGGCACUGUGUUAAAGUGGCUGGAAGAGUUCCACCGAGCGAGCGCUACCCUCGACACCGAUAAGUGGCUUGACGAAUUCAUGACCGACGAUGUGGAGAUGCAAUAUGCGAAUAGUCCUGUGAUUAAGGGCAGCGAGGUGCGGCAGAUGUUCAAAACUGUUCUCGGCCAACUUGACAUGAUGACCCACGAGAUCCGCUAUUUUGACUACAUCGCCCCUCGUAUCUAUCAGGCCGCGACAAUCAGAUAUCUUGUCAAAGGAGACACCCUGGAUACGGAUGAAAUCACUAUUCCCGGAUUUGCUGUGUUCUCUGUUCGGAAGGACGAUGCCGGGCAUGUGAAGUGCUAUCGGGCGGAGACUUUCCUAGAUGCAUCGGCAGUGUUUCAACGGAUUGCUGAGAAAUCAAGCCAACCCUAG